AUGGGAGCGGUUCAAGAACACCCAUCAACAAUGAGUUCGGAUGUGAAAACUGAGGAGGUCCAUAAACCCAAUGUGCCUUCAGAUCAUAAGUGGGAAAUAGUGUGGGGAAGAGCAGUGUUUGCCGUCCUAGUGCACCUAGCAGGAUUCUAUGGAGCCUUUCUAUUCUUCACUGCAGCUAAAUGGCAAACGUGCCUUUUCACAAUAUUUUUACACGUAGCCAUGGCAAUAAGCGUGACUGCCGGCGCUCACAGAUUAUGGGCACACAGAGCGUACAAAGCUAAACUGCCACUACGCAUCCUACUGUUGACAUUCUUCACCAUGGCGUUUCAGAAUACGCUAAUCGUAUGGGCACGUGACCACCGCGCACAUCACAAGUAUGUCGAUACUGAUGCUGACCCUCACAAUUCAAAUCGAGGCUUCUUCUUCUCACAUAUCGGUUGGUUACUGGUUAGAAGACAUCCUGAAGUCAGAGCUCAUAAAGUAGACCUGAGUGAUCUUUUCGCAGACCCACUGCUGAAAUUCCAGAACAAUUAUUACGUGUGGAUGCUCCCGUUUCUUGUUGUCCUAACGCCGAUAUACAUACCCACACUUUGGGGGGAGAAGAAAAUGGUAGCUUUAUUCGUAUGUCUUUUCCUACGAUAUUUACUGACGAUACAUGUCUUUUUCGUCGUCAACUCAGUAGCUCACAUGUUUGGUACUAGGCCUUAUGAUAAAAACAUCCAGCCUGGAGAAUCGAAGCUGGUAUCAUUUUUUGCAUCUGGGGAGGGUUUCCACAAUUAUCACCACGCAUUCCCGUGGGACUACAGGACAGCUGAGCUUGGUGGGUACUUGUUUAACACUUCGAGGUUGUUCAUUGACUUGAUGGCGAAAAUUGGAUGGGCUUAUGACCUGAAGUCGGUACCGACUGACAUGAUAGAGAGACGCGUGAAGAGAACAGGGGACGGCUCUCACCCGGUGUGGGGGUGGGACGACCCAGACAUGUCUGCCGAGGAUAGAAAAUUAGCAACUAUUAUAAAUGAAAAUAAGGAAUCAUAAAAAUAUUGAUUGUUUUAUUUAAUACCUUCUUC